AUGCGCGUCACGUCUAAACCACUCAGAGCCAAGGACGUAGCAAAGGAGAUGAUACAUCCACAAAAGUCUACCAUCGCAAAAGUCAUAAGAAUGACAGUUCGUAUCACGGAUGAAGAGAAGGCGAUAGACGACAUCGCCGAUUACUUGCGACAACACGUGCAAGUAUUUCCCUCUCGCAUAAUGGGAGAAAAAGAAUCAUCGAGCUACGCGUGGGGUAGAUUAGACGACAAUCACAAACGUCUGUCGUACAAGACCAUGAAAGAUAACGCAUCCGAUGAUCUUUUGUUACAUCUCGCACCUGCGAAUCGAGGAACUAGAAAUGUUCAACCAUUUUUAGUUUGUUCCAAGACAGGACAAGAAAGAAGAGGAAUUUAUUAUAUAAUGACCGAUGGCCAUUUGAUCCAAGUUGGAGCUAAUGCUAUCAUAGCAUUCGACAUUCUACUAAAGUUGCACUACUGUUUUGACGUAGACUUCGCAUCCGAUUUGGUGAACUUUUACGAUUUUAUAACGGCCUGCGUAAUGCAACUUCAUCAACCAAAAGGAUGCAGCAUUGCAUUAGAAACAACGUUACAAAAUGUAACGCUAAAAGAAAAUGAUGAAAGUGACGAUGGGAUUGAGGAUGAUGAAAACGAAAUGAAUUAGGAAUUAGACCGGAGCACAUGUGGAAUAUACGGCCGUGCAAUUUUAUAAACAUCCGCUAGCAAUAUCUGAAAAUCUACAGACAUUAAAGUGAAAGCAAUCAAAGAUUAUUGAUAAUUACAAUAAAACAGUGUCGAAUGAGUUGUUUUAAUAACCAGAGUG